AUGAAUAAGCCCAUCUAUCGUGAGUAUUCAAAUCUAAAAGGAGAUGAUGGAGAUCCUAAUAACACCAAGUUGAUCCAAAUCACCGACGACAACAGUAAUUAACCUAUUGAUAAUUCCAUAAAACAUACUAUAAUUGAUUACAACUAAUACUAGGAACCAAUGGUUUUUUCGCCUUCUAACUGUAAUAGUGAGAGAAAAGAGUUGAAAACGGAUACCUAAAAAGAAACUAAAGCUCCUCAACUUAUUAUUUAGAAUAUCAUAGACUCUGACAAACUCAUUGAGAUAAUUACUACUGAUCCCUUCGACAAGGCAGAACCUGUAAAGACCUUAAAGGGCAUGUUGGGUUUGGAGACUGUUUAAUAUCAAAAAAGAAGGAUCAAAUUCAGAAAUCAUACUUAUGAAUUUAAAGUGAGAUAAAGGAAGACUUUCAAUUGGAAAUAAGACACGAUGAAAAAAUGGAAUUACAACCUCAAUAUCAUUCUCUUUGUAAUUAGGCUAUAGAAGAAUGUAAACCAAAAGUAUCAAGCUAAACAUUAAGCUCAAACGCAAAGUUAAGAAAAUGCUAAUUCACAACCUAAUUAAUCUGAAAGCAAAGGAAACAAGAUAUGUAUCUCCAUUUCAAAAUUGAUGUUUGGAAUAUUCUUAGCCAUUGUAAUCAGUUUUAUGUUAUUGCCCUUCAUUUUAAUCUCAGACUUGUUCUUAAGAGUCUACACUUACAAUUGUCUAUAUGUUAAAUAUGCAUGGUCAUAUGAAAACAAGUGUUACCGAAUAGUUCUACUGCUGCAAUUGUAUAUGUAUGCAAUAGCGAUUGUAAUAGCUGUAAUAACCAAUAUCUAUCAGAGCUUGAUUACAACUGUUGA